AUGGCUACCCCCGAGAUUCCCCAGAAGCAAAAGGCAGCCAUCUAUGACCAGCCUGGAACUGUGUCGACCAAAGUCGUAGAGAUCGACGUGCCCCAGCCCGGUGCUGGUGAAGUCCUUAUCAAUCUGACUCAUUCCGGCGUCUGUCACUCGGACCUUGGAAUAAUGACAAACACCUGGGUCUUACUACCAGCCCCAACCCAACCAGGCCAAGUAGGCGGCCAUGAAGGCGUAGGUAAAAUCGUCAAGCUAGGCCCGGGCACCGAGUCCAGCGGUUUCAAGAUCGGAGACCGAGUCGGUAUCAAAUGGGUUUCAAGUGCAUGCGGAAACUGCCUCCCCUGCCAAUCAGGCACAGAUGGUCUAUGCUUCAAUCAAAAAGUAUCAGGCUACUACACCCCAGGCACAUUCCAACAAUACGCCCUGGGCCCCGCAAACUACGUAACACCAAUCCCAGACGCCCUUGACUCGGCCGAAGCAGCCCCAAUGCUCUGCGCCGGCGUAACAGUCUACUCAGCUCUCAAACGCAGCAACGCCCGCCCAGGCCAAUGGGUCGUAAUCUCCGGGGCAGGAGGCGGCCUCGGUCACCUGGCAGUGCAACUAGCAAGUAGAGGGAUGGGACUCCGCGUAAUCGGUAUCGAUCACGGCAGCAAAGCAGAGCUUGUCACUGCGUCUGGUGCGGAACAUUUCGUCGAUAUCACGCAGUUUCCCAAGGAUGAUAAGGGUCUGGCAUUGAAGCAACACGUUAAGGGUCUUACGGAUGGAUUGGGGGCUCACGCGGCUGUUGUUUGUACGGCUGCGAAUGCGGCUUAUGCGCAGGCUUUGCCUUUGUUGAGGUUUAAUGGAACACUGGUAUGUGUGGGGAUGCCGGAGCAUGAGCCGCAGCCUAUUGCGACGGCUUUCCCGUACAAUUUUGUUAAUACACAGACUACUGUUACUGGGUCUGCUGUUGGGAGUCGGAAAGAUGCUAUUGAGGUGUUGGAGUUUGCGGCUAGGGGGGUUUUGAAGGUUCAUUAUCGUGUUGAAAAGAUGGAAGCUUUGACCGAUGUUUUCACGGAGAUGAAGGAGGGAAAGUUGCAGGGCAGGGUUGUGUUGGAUUUAUCUUAA